AUGAAAUACCUCAAACUCGACUUAACACCUCCAGAUCCAAACAACAAAAAGACUCGUAACCGAAAGAAAAGGAACCCCCAAGAUAUGACAGAACAGAUGGAGAUACAGCCAAAUGGAGCGACCAUAAUAAUAGAAGACAAAAAGCAGCAGAGACAAAAUAGAAGACUGAACAGAAAGAAGAACCCAGAACAAUACAUUAAGUGUUAA